AGAUACUUUCAAAUAUUACCAGAAAAAGCUUCCUCCCCUUCAUCUGUGACCUUCCAUGGAUGCUCAAAGGCUUCACCUUUUAGCUCUAUCUUUCCUUUCACUCCUUCACUUAGCUAAACCUUUCGUCCCUUCAAAUGAUUUUCUCAUCAACUGUGGAUCGAAUGCCAACGCUUCCCUUUAUAAUCGUGUCUUCGUAUCUGAUUCAGUGAAACCCAGUUCGGUUUCCCUCUCGGCUGAGCGAUCCGUUUCACUCACUGACGGAAACCCAUCUCCGAGUUCGCCCAUUUUAUACCGCACGGCCCGGGUUUUCACCUCCGAGUCGAGCUACGAGUUCGACGUCGAGCGGAACGGGAAUGGGACUCACUUGGUACGCCUCCAUUUCUCUCCGUUUAUAGCUCGGAAUUUCAACUUGGCUUCUGCGAAAUUCGAUGUUUUGGCUAAUGGUUUCUCGUUACUGCGUGGUUUUAGUGCUUACAAUACUGUGCUAAAAGAGUUUUUGCUGAGAAUCGAUGGUGGAGUUCUUGAAAUCAUGUUUAGUCCUCUGGGUGAUUCUGGGUUUGCAUUUGUUAGUGCAAUUGAGGUGUUUUCUGCUCCUAAAGACUUUAUAAUCGAUGAUGGAGCUAGGUUAGUUAACAGUAAUGGGAUUGAGAGUUACAAGAACUUAACAUCUCAGGUUUUAGAGACUGUUCAUAGGGUUAAUGUUGGUGGAUUGAAAUUGACUCCUUUUAAUGAUAGUUUAUGGAGAACUUGGAUCCCUGACGACGGCUUCCUCGUGUUCGAAUCCGCCGCGAAAAAGGCGGUCACCACUCAUGUGCCGAAUUAUCAGAAUGGGGGCGCCACCCGGGAAAUCGCCCCGGACAAUGUUUAUAUGACCGCACGAGAGAUGAACCGAGAUAAUACGACGAUGAACGGAUUAUUCAAUAUCACUUGGUACUUUCGUGUAGGUUCAGUUGGUGUUCCACACUUGGUUAGGUUGCAUUUUUGUGAUAUUGUUAGCCCUGUCCUUAAUCAGCUCUACUUCAAUGUGUAUAUCAAUGAUUACUCUGCUUAUAGGGAUCUUGAUCUGUCGAUGCUUACGUUUCAUGUGCUUUCAUCUCCGGUCUACUUAGAUUUCGUCGUUGAUUCAGAUGAUUCGGGGGUUAUUCGCCUGAGUGUUGGACCUUCGGAUUUGAGCACUCCUUCGAAGAUUAAUGCGAUUCUAAAUGGGGCUGAGAUCAUGAGGUUGGUGAAUCCUAUGGAUUUACAAGCCAAGUCUAAGAAGAAAAACAUUUGGAUUUUGGUGAGUUUUAUUGUUGGUGGCUUUGUUAUCUGUUGUUUGGCUGUGGCUGCAGUUCUGCUAAUGCUCAAGUUCAAGAAGAAGAAAUCGAAACCGCCGAGACGUGUAGAAAGCACUGGUUGGACACCUCUACGUGUUUACGGGGGCAGUUCGUAUAGUAGAAUGUCUGAAGGGACUGCUACUACGUCUCCAGGCCCUAAUGGUAGCUUGAAAAUCCCGUUUGUCGACAUACAGGCCGCGACUAACAAUUUCGACAAGAGUUUGAUUAUCGGAAUGGGUGGAUUUGGUAUGGUUUACAAAGGGGUACUUAAGGACAAUACCAAGGUGGCCGUGAAGCGAGGUGUCCCGGGAUCAAGGCAGGGUCUCCCUGAGUUCCAGACCGAGAUAACUGUUUUCUCAAAGAUUCGUCACCGGCAUCUUGUUUCGCUGGUUGGGUAUUGCGAAGAACAGUCGGAAAUGAUACUGGUCUAUGAGUACAUGGAAAAUGGACCAUUGAAGAACCAUUUAUACGGUUUAAAACAUCCUCCUUUGUCCUGGAAGCAAAGGCUCGAAAUAUGCAUCGGCUCGGCUAGAGGUCUUCACUACCUUCACACUGGUUCAGCACAAGGUAUCAUUCAUCGCGACAUCAAAUCUACCAACAUAUUGCUCGACGAAAAUUUCGUGGCCAAGGUUGCCGACUUUGGCCUCUCGCGAUCCGGUCCAUGUCUCAAUGAAACUCAUGUAAGCACUGGGGUAAAAGGUAGCUUCGGGUAUCUCGAUCCCGAGUAUUUCCGGAGACAGCAGCUGACUGAUAAAUCAGAUGUUUAUUCAUUCGGGGUCGUUCUUUUCGAGGUACUCUGCGCUAGGGCUGCCGUUGAUCCAUUGCUCGCUAGGGAGCAGGUGAACUUAGCAGAAUGGGCAAUGCAGUGGCAGAAAAAAGGCAUGCUCGGCAAAAUCAUAGAUCCCAACCUUGUGGGACAAAUAAAGGCUAGCUGUUUGAGGAAAUACGGAGAAACAGCCGAGAAAUGCUUGGCCGACUACGGCGUCGAUAGACCGACCAUGGGCGAUGUCUUGUGGAAUUUGGAGCAUGUACUCCGGCUUCAAGAAUCGGGGCCGGAAGAACCAUACGAAGACGGCAACAUGAACGGAAUGGAUUAUCCGACAACGAGUGUUACCACAUCGGGGCCAUCCGGCAAUGCUGGAGCAGAGAAAGAUGAUCCUAUUGGUUCAGACAUGACAACAGGCCAAAUAUUUUCCCAAUUGAUGACAAAUGAAGGCAGAUAGUCGACGUUCUCCCCU